AUGAUAGAAAUCGAUGAUUGUGCUUCCGGGACUGGGGAUUGCCAGAAAGACUGUGCGAACAAUCCAAAAUCCAAAUACUGCCGGUGUCCAGCUGGCUAUUUCCUAGCUCCAGAUCGUCGCCGAUGUCUUGACAUUGACGAGUGCAAAUACAAACGUGGAGGUUGUAUGUACUUUUGUGAAAAUCUUCCCGGAGGAUAUCGUUGCGCCUGCCCGUCGGAUAUGAUGCUAGCUGCGGAUAAAAUCUCUUGCGUUCCUUUCUUCGAUCCCUGUAAACAUCCGCCCAACGGUGACUGUGAGCAUAUUUGCACCACACUGCCGGGUUAUCGGUAUGUUUGCUCCUGUCAACCAGGUUACCGUUUGGCAGACGACAAAAAGCGAUGUAUAGCACAGGAUCUAUGCAAAGAGAACAAUGGUGGUUGCCAACACGAUUGUCGCACAGUAAACGGCGAGGCUCGAUGUAGCUGUCACGAUGGUUAUCAACCAGCAUCGUACGAUCCAAAGAAAUGUGUGGGCGUACUGCUGGAGGUGAGCGAUCCGUGCCAGUUCGGGAAUGGGGGAUGCACACAUAUUUGUUUGCGAACGGAGCAGGGAACGGCGGAAUGUGCAUGCAAUCCAGGAUAUGAUUUGCAGGCUGACGGACGAACGUGUCGAGAUCGUGAUGAGUGUCUGACCGGCGAGGCUGCUUGCCAUGGACCGGCGGUGUUUUGCACAAACGAAGUGGGCAGUUAUCGGUGUGAAUGUCAACCAGGAUUUCGGCUGGCACCCGAUGGACAUUCAUGUCAAGAUAUUGACGAAUGUCUUAGCUACAACGGUGGAUGCCAGUACAAAUGUGUCAACACACCAGGAAGUUUUCAAUGUCUAUGCAAUUUGGGAGACGAGCUUAAUCCGGAUGGUUUAACCUGUUCCCGUUCCACAAAAUAUGUCAGGGAUGACGCGUCUCAAGCCAUGGUAAUCGGAGCACCGGGGCAGAAUAGACGUCAAAUCAAUUUGAAUGGACCGACUUCCUCAUUCACCUACGGGAUUCAGACAUUCACGAAGAAAAAAAUUCCGUUGGAUGCGAGUGAUCCCAAAGCAUCAUUUAUAACACUCCGUCGUUUAUAUUUUCACAUGUACACAUUUCAGGGUCGCUGGGGUGUCGGAUGUCAAGAAUACUGCGACUGCAUUGACGAUAUCCCCUGUGACUCACAGACGGGGCAAUGUUUAUGUCCGAUUGGACGUCAUGGAGAUCGAUGCGAUUUGUCCGGUUGUCAACCGGGCUAUUGGGGGCUCGGUUGCGAUCGAACGUGUCCGGACAACUGUGGGACAAAUCGAUGUGAACGUGACACCGGACAAUGCACAUGUGCACCUGGCACAUACGGUGCCCGUUGUCAUUUGAGCUGUCCCGAAGGUACAUGGGGUCAUUUGUGUCGAUUGCCCUGUCCGGCGGAGUGUACGGGGCCUGGGAGAAAGAGUAAGGGUUGUCAUCCUGAGACCGGCAAAUGUGUUUGUGAACCGGGAUACCGGGCACCAGAGUGCAUAUUUCCAUGUCAACGAGGUACCUUCGGUGUGGACUGUCGACAGACGUGUUACGACUGUACAGAUGGCUGUGAUCCGGUCACCGGUCGAUGCAAUGUGCUCUGUCCGGCCGGAAAACGCGGUCCGAAAUGCGAUGAAGAUUGCCCUGAGGGAUAUUGGGGUGCACAAUGCCUGAAACAGUGCCAAUGUGGCAUUGAUUUGGCCGGAAGACCUCUCUCAUGCAAUCCACAGACCGGUGCUUGUGUGUGCAAAGCUGGUUAUCGAGGGCCGCAUUGUGACAUCCGUUGUGAGCUGGGGACGUACGGUCCGGGUUGCACGAAAAAAUGUGACUGUGGUCCCGGGGUGGUCGGUUGCGAUCCCGUUACCGGAUUGUGCCACUGUGCAGACGGAACAGUCGGGAUUCGUUGUGGCAUGCAGAAUGAUCGGUACGUGUCUGACGAAGAACCAUCUUGUCCCCCCGGUCGUUGGGGUCCGAAAUGUACCGAAACUUGUGACUGUGUGCACGGUGUGGAAUGCAACAAACGCACCGGGGUCUGUGUCUGUUUCGCCGGGUUCAAUGGAACUCGAUGUGACCAGAAGUGCCCAGAGGGCAAAUACGGACCGAACUGUGUGGAAACGUGUGGCUGUGUGCAUGGUACGUGUGAUCAUCGAUCCGGGGCUUGUGAAUGUGAACCGGGUUGGCGAAACAUGUUGUGCGAUCGUGAAUGUGCUCCCGGAUUCUACGGACUCGAUUGUCAGCAUCGAUGCAAUUGCACCAAUGGGGCCGAAUGCUGGCACGGAGUCGCUUGUGAUCAGCCUUGUCCUCAAGGAAAAUACGGGAAGAACUGUGCAGAAACAUGUGACUGUGCAAAGGAUGUUCCAGGAAUCCAAUGUGAUAAAGUGAAUGGACGUUGCAUUUGUCCGCCCGGUCGCACCGGACCGCGAUGCGCGGAGUCCUGCCCUGAGGGAUUCUGGGGAGAGGCUUGUGCGCGUACAUGCGCCUGUCUCCGGGGUGCCUCCUGUGAUCCAGCCAAUGGGAAGUGUCACUGUGGCCCAGGAUGGUACGGUGAAGCAUGUGAGCUGGCCUGUCCGGACGGAAGAUGGGAUAGUAAUUGUCAACGCGAAUGUGAAUGUAGUGGAGAUCCACGACAUCCGAUUGGAGGCAAAUGUGAUCGUUUUACUGGGAAAUGCCAAUGCCCUGAAGGCUUCUCUGGACCAAGAUGUCAAGAGAGAUGUCCGACCGGAAAGUACGGACCAGACUGCCAGUUUGCAUGCCGAUGCCAUCAGCCAGGAUCGCGGUGCGAUCCGGUGACUGGAGAGUGCCGCUGUCCGGCAGGUUGGACUGGACCAACCUGUGAACAGCCCUGUCCACCAGGUUUUUAUGGUCCCGAAUGUAAAAAUCGAUGUUUGUGUCCCGCAAAUCGUCCGUGUCAUCACGAAACCGGUAAGUGUCGUUGUCCACCCGGAACUCGGGGGGCUCAAUGUCAGGACACGUGUCCAGAAGGUCGAUGGGGUGAGAACUGUCGGAAUGAAUGUGACUGUCAUGAACGUAAUCCAAACAUGGAUGUCCUGCUGGAUACUUUGGUACCGACUGUCAAUAUGAAUGCAAGUGUGAAAAUCAAGGCUUGUGCCAUCCGGAUAACGGAACAUGUAUCUGCCCUGCGGGCUAUUAUGGCGAACGAUGCUCUUUGCCAUGCCCGAAUGGAUUUUUUGGAAGACAAUGCAAACAACGAUGUGAAUGCAUUCACGGUGAAGCUUGCCAUGGUGUCACCGGAGCCUGCUACUGUGCCGCCGGAUAUCGCGGAAGACACUGUGAACAAACUUUCCGUCCCGAUUCCUUCCCCUGUCGCCCCUCCCCCCGCCGCUCUCCUACCACUGAACACACCCUGUCUGCCUAAAGCUUGCGCCCGGGGUACAUAUGGUCCACAGUGCUCGCAUGAAUGUCCACCAUGCAUUAUCAAAACUCAGGCCGAAAUUGAAAACCGCGACACGGCACUCCGACCGACAUUCAAUCCGAGCUCCACCAACCCGAAUCGAAUGUCCCGAUUUGCAACAGACUCCGGUUCCCUGGUUGCAACGAUGUGGCGAGCCACCAAUGCUCCGGGUGAGGUAACGUGUCAUCCGCAGACCGGACAGUGCCCUUGUCCACCGGGCACUCGUGGGCAGGAUUGCAGUGAAAUAUGUCCUCCCGAUCGAUUUGGACCAAUGUGCUCUCAGGUGUGUGGAACAGAUGAGAUCAUUUUUUAA